GCAACUGUGGAAGAAAAAGCAAACGACGUCGUCAUCUUUCGCACCUUGUCUAGGAUUCCCUCGACACCCUAUCAUUUCAUCUUCUUCUUCUUCUUCCUUUUUCCCUCUUUUUUAACAAACCCACCACCUUCCUUUUCGUCUUCACAAAUUAUUACUCACUUGCUUCGUAAGAAUCCAAGCGAAGUUUGUUUCGCUUCACUCCUUCGUCUUUUGUUUCUUCCAUGGCCGUAACACCACAAUCCAUCCCCGACAUCCCCAUCGAUUUUCGCGCUCCUCCGCCCUCUCCCAUUGCCUCCGGCCGACGUUCCUCCUUCGCCAACGACGAUGUGCUCACCGAGUUUCUGGAAACUUCGCUGCGUGUACCUGACCUUAUCUUGCCGGACAAGAUCUUCCCCAAACAAAAGUGCCUCGAAACGCCUCCCAAGGUUGAUUUUAGAUCGCUGUGUUCCGAUCAUGAGGACUACGUUGCGUCAUCGUCCGACGUUGUUUCCGAUUCCAUGGCGAGAAUCGGAUGCUUCCAGCUGGUGAAUCACGGAGUCCCGCGCGAACUGAUGGCCUCAUCGAGGGAGGUUGCCCAGGCAAUUUUUCAGGUCCCGCCGGAGAAGCGAGCGACGGUGACGAGAUCGCCACCGGAGAAGCCAUGGGGUUUCGAGGAGUAUCAUUCGGAGGAGGACGGAAGUGAGUUGAGCGAGGAGUUCGUGUGGUGCAGAGAUCAUGACCUGAAGUUGAAAAUGGAGGGAAUUUCUCCAGUUGGGUAUUCAAAAUUCAGCAAGGAGAUGGAAGCUCUCAUGUCAAGCAUAGAGAAGGUGGCCGAGAAAAUUCUACCAGUGAUGUUGAAGAAUUUUCCUGGAAAAUUGUUGGCUCCAUCAGGGGGCAGUGAUCAUCAGGGGCAUGAAUUUGGGACGCUUUGUUGUGUUUACAAGCAUAGUCAGGACAGUAUGGCAGAUGGAUGGGCAAACUCAUUGAAAUAUGAUGUGAUCAGAAUGCUGAUAAGAGGAAGCGAUUACUCUCACGCCUUAUGUUUGCAUGUUUGUGAUGGCUGUUCUGAGUUUCAUGUUUACUCCAAGAAAGGUUGGCUCUCUUUCUGCCCAGAACAAGGUGCACUCAUAAUCACUGCUGGAGACCAAAUUCAGGUAGCGAGUGGUGGGCUGUGCAAGCAGGUGAUCGGAAGGCCAAUCUUGAAAGGAGAGAAAGAUGAUGAUGGCAUUUCAAUGGCAUUUCUCUAUUCUCCUCCAAACGACACAACCACUUCUGAAACCAAAAAGGAAGCAACUAUCUCCCUUGGCCAGCAAGCCUUGUUGGCUAUGAUCCUCAUCCUUGUUUACCAAUUCUUGAUUUUUGUGUACAAAAAAUUUUGAUCAUAAUCUUGUUUUGGAGGAUUGUUUGUGCACAGUUCCAUACAAAUUACACAAGCAUUGGACAGGUGGUGGUUUUCCUUCUAUGUGCCUGUUUGGAUUACCUGUACAGAAUUGAUUUUGUGAGAUAAAUAUAUAAGGCGAAUCUUAUUUCUCAAAA